UUUGAAACCAGUCCAGAAUAUGCGAGUUCUGCCAAACUGUACUGGGCUGUUGGGCUGUUUCCAAUGCUCGAUGAAGGCAAUCGCUCGUGCUGCUGUUGCCAUUUUUGCUUUAUUUGCUUCUACCAUAAACAUCUACAUGUUAGUCCGUAUAUACGAAAGCCAAGCAAGAGAUUUACGGGCACUAACCUCGGUAGAUUACGUGCAGCUGCAUGACAAUUUGGUAACCCUCGACCAAGCGGAGCUGUUGUCCGAAGGUGGUCAGCUUCGACGCAGUAGAAAUAUAACUCAGGAAACAAUGCCGUGGUCUGGACUGCUCGACUUUUUUCCAGAUUUAGCCGGUACACCUUCUAAGACUCUGGAACCUAUACUUUUGACCCCACGUAGUCGCGUCCGAAAAAAAUUAAUAAUUGGAAUCCCAGUGGCCGAAAGGAACAAAGACUAUAGCAUCUUUACUCUUACAUCAUUAUUCAGCAAACUUGAUGAAAAAUACAAAAAGGAUAUUGUAUUUUUGGUUAUGUUCGCUACUGCCAAUCAACAAUUCGUUGAAAGCCGUACGGAAGCGAUUCGUGCGAAUUUCACAAAAGAAAUCGACGAUGAACUUCUUGAGGUGAUUGCGGUUCCUCCACUUUGGUACACUACGGAUAUUGCUGCCGUCCCAGCGACAUUCAACGAUUCCACGAAUAGAAUGUUCUGGAGAACGAAGCAAAACAUCGAUUAUAUCUACAUUAUGACGUAUGCUACGCCGAGAUGUGAAUACUAUAUGCAGUUAGAAGACGACGUAGAAGCUGCUGCAGCUUACGCCAGAGUGAUUUUCAAUUACAUUGCGAUCAAGGAGGAUACGGAUUGGUUCGUAAUGAGUUUCACCUCCAUGGGUUUUAUUGGAAAGCUGUUUAGUGUCGACAAUCUGAAAUACGUGACCUAUGCUAUAGCUCUGUACUAUCGCUUCAAACCUGUAGACUGGAUUCUUGAAGAUGUUUUGCGCAGUCGUUAUUGUAGCUUGGACAAAAGCUUUAAGGAUUGCGUGCAGAUGAUUUCUUCACAUGCGAUAAACUCUGGAGCUUCGCAGUUUCAACAUGUUGGCAAAGUAUCAUCUUUGAGCGGAAAAGUUCAGAAAAUCCGCGACUCGAAUUUCAAUAAGGGUUUAGCCCGAGGUAAGCGCCCAAAUCCACCUGCCGUAGUCAAGACGUCAAUGAAAGCAACGGGACGUCAUGACGCUCAGCGUGGUUAUAAUCUCAAUUUUGCUAUGUGGUUUACUGACCCAAAUGAAGGAUCCUAUAUUUCUAUAGUUUUUGAGAAACCGGUCAACGUUACAGGCAUCAUGUUUCUCAGUGGCGUACCUCCAGCUCCUGAGGAUAAGCUUGGACCAGAAACCAUUGUCAUUGCUAAUAGCGGAAAACAGGAAAUAAAUCUGGGACGAUUUUCUCCCGAUGGCGAUUUCCUCUUCCGAUCCAGGGGACUAAACAUCAGCGAAUUGUCGAUAAAUAUAACGAGCAAUAUUAGACAUUGGGUUGUCAUUGAUCAUAUCAUAAUAGAUACUAUCCCCGAAUCUAAUUCCACCGUCACAAAGGAGUAGCAUAUGUGUGCACAAUUGUGAAGUUCAAACGGGUUUUGUCUGUGAUUCGCAUCAUGUUGUUACGGUUACUGAUGAUUUCUUAAAUAUCUAUAGCAUUUUGUUGAAAGUUUUUUUUAUUAUGAAUAUAAACAUUCUAACAAACAU